CAUUACCCACCUCCUGUGCCAUGCUCUGGUCUGAUAAGGACAAAUAAGUGGCUGUUGGCACAAGGGAGAUGGGCAGAGUGAGCCAAACAGUCCUCUUGUGGAUGAAAAAGAUGGGGAGGCAGGCAUGAGAAAAGAGAGCAAGAAUCCAGCCAAAGGCACUAAAUCUGCUAUACACACAAAGAGACAGACCGGUAAUGUGACACACCCACCCAAGGCAAGACACACCAGAGAGGAAGAGGAGAGAGCGAAGAGGAGAAAGAGGGAGGGCACCGCCAGAGAGAAAAGCAGUUCAGGAAAGAGACAAGCAUAAGACAGAGACACUCACAAGCUGACAGGGGACAGACACCAAUUCAGCAACACGCCUUUCUUAAACAAAUAGCCCCCACUCAAUUAACAGCAGGCACUGGGAGGGGAGGGGUGGGUGUCUGGGUACCGUGGCAACGGCAUAAAGAUAGAGAAAAAGAAGAAGAAGAAAGAAAAAAAAAGCAGAGCAGCUCGCACAUGUAACCAGCAGGAGAACGGGCUGACGGGACAAUCUGCAUCCUAACAGGUCCGGCCAGACUUUGCUAGCCAAGCUGUUCCACCCCCAGUUGCUGUGAAUAAGGAUGUUGGUGAAGGAGUACCGGAUAUGUAUGCCCCUUACCACAGAAGAGUACAGGAUCGGACAGCUGUACACCAUCAGCAAGCACAGCCACCAGGAAAGUGACCGAGGGGAGGGAGUGGAAGUGAUGGAGAAUAGAGAACAUUAUGAUCCGGUACACGGCUCGGGACAGUACACAGAGAAACGGGUCCAUCUAUCUAGAAAACUGCCCAGCUGGGCACGGGCCGUCGUCCCCCGAAUGUUCUACAUCUGUGAGAAAGCUUGGAAUUAUUACCCUUACACAGUGACAGAAUACACAUGCUCUUUUCUACCAAAAUUCUCCAUCCAUAUUGAGACAAGAUAUUCUGAUGACUGUGGGGAUAAUGACAGUACAUUCCAGCAGGACAACGCAGAAGAUGCCCAUGAAGUCUCCUUUGUAGACAUUGCGUUUGACGAGAUCCCAGAGCGCUAUUACAAGAGUGUUGAGGAUCUGCGGCAUUUUAUGUCAAGUAGGACAGGACGAGGCCCCCUGCAGGAAGGAUGGAGGCAACACGUACGGCCAGUCAUGUGCUCCUAUAAGCUUGUUAAUGUUAAAUUUGAAGUGUGGGGACUGCAAACCCGAGUGGAGCAUUUUGUACACAAGGUGAUCAGAGAUCUGCUGCUGGUUGGACAUCGCCAGGCAUUUGCAUGGGUGGAUGAGUGGUAUGGGAUGACAAUGGAGGAAGUUCGGGAAUAUGAAAAGGAGACACAAGCGGCCACCAAUGAAAAGAUUGGUCCAUUCGCUCCCACCAUCACUAUUAGUGUAGAGGGGCACAGCCCAGCCAUCCGAAGUGCCCCCGCCACCCCUGUGACAGGAGAUCCACCAGAAUUCCUCAGCCUUCCUAAAGAACGGACCCGUAAAACCUCAGCCCCGGACACAUUGACUUUACCUGAACUGAGAGACAGAGCCAACGGCCCAUCCAGCCAUUCCCCACCUUCCAACACGGACAGCUGAAAAUGGGGGGCCGGCACAGUUUGCACUUUUUUUUCUGGCUGUUCCAAAGGUGCAGGAAACGAUACCCUAACGUGAAAAAUAAAUAGUAACCCUCCCCAGA